AUGGCAAACACAUCGCCGUCACUCGCGGCGGCCAAACGCGGAAGAAGCUCGGGAGUGUCCGGCGGGCGAGAAAGCCUAUCGGCGAUGAGCCACAACAGUGACGGUACGCACGCCAUGGAUUCUAGCGGUCCGUACACGCCGUAUUCGUUGCAGACGAAAAGAGGCGUCCAGACUCCGCCACCGCGUUCCCACCGUGGCGGAGACCACACAUCUCCGGUGGGGCAGUACAUCAGACGCAGUGCCUAUCCACCAGAUGAGGCACCUGCUGGAAGGAGGAUUCCGCGAAGCGCGCAGGCCUCGUCUUCACAUCGAGCGACAAGUAGGGGAAGGAGUCAAUCACCACAGACGUUACGAGGGAGAGGAUCCGAACCCAGUGUCCACUGGAAAUCGGACGGCGUUUGUUCCACAGAAAGAGGCCCCGUGGCUAGGUCUUCCUCUCCGCCACCAACGGGCAAAGCCAAAAGGGCGGACGUUCUUCAGUUGGAGCAGUGUCUGCAGUCCACGGAGAAAGGUUUAGCGAGUCUGCAGUCAGAGUUAAGACGCGUAGCGAGUCCCUACACCGUGACGGCCUCCUCGCAUUCUACCUGUCACAACAAGAUCGGGCAGGGUCGACCAAGCCCUCAGCAGUCCGCGAGAGAAGCAGUCCGUGAUCGGGGGGAUGGGGCAGGCCAGGAAAGAGCGUUCGACUUCGCGGGCACUGUGGAACGUUGCGCACCAUCCAGAGUAUCGUGCGCGUCGCUCAGAACGCCGAGUUCUCACCCGGCUGUGGAAAGAGACCGUGCAGAAAGUUCAACUCACGCGUCGCUCCCCCAAGUGAACGCCGCCGCGAAGAAAUCAGGCACAUCUCUCUCGCAGUCUCCCGACGCGUCAUGGGCACGUAUCCGAGGGCCUUCACAGCGAACGAGUCCGGUUCGAGACGCGAGGGGAGCGGCAGUAUGUGGCACUCCUGUGCGAAGACAAGCCUCGCAGUCAGGCCAGAGAGGCGCUGCGGAGGGGCCAGGGAGCUGUCGCAUUCAGCCGAAGCUCGAUGAGCUCAUUUCCAUCGAUGAGAAGAAGAGAUUCAGGGCAGCGUGGAAGGAAGCACACGCGCAGUUAGCAGCGAAGAUGAACGAGUGGGUUCAUGACUUGCCGGAUGAAAUUCGAAGUCGAGUUACUAAGGCUGCUGGCGUCGAUGCAAAGUUCCUAGCGCUGAGAGACUGUGCGUUAGCGCUGUGUGGCGCCGCAGAGAGUAGAGCUUUGUCAUUAAUCAAAGCUCGAAAAAAGAACGAUGAGUCCAAGCAGUCUCUCAAAGCCGAGCAACACAAGGCGGAAUCUGCGAUGGUAGAUGUCCAAGGGGGGCUUCUCGCCGCAUCGAAGAAGAUCCAGCAGCUGGACCGACUAGUUCGCUUGACGACGCGGCAGACUUUCGCAGGGCAUGAGAGAGAGUCCGGUCGUAGCACUAAAAACGGUGCUGCGGGCGGCGCGUCCCCUUACACGGCUUACAAGUCCAUCUAUAUCAGAGACUCGCGAGGAGGAAGCGAAAAUCGCGCUGGCGAUUAUCCUGUGUUAAUAGACACCCAGGAAGUAUUCGGGGCGUCGUGUGUGGGAGAAACGCCACGUCAGUCAGGGUCUCUAAUACAGGAAGAAAGUGCUAUGCACUCCGCUGGGCAAAGGCCAAACCACCGUCCCCCGGCAACAGAAGCAAAGCGGUCCUUCACUGACGAAAGUGCCGCCCAGUAUCCAACUUACGGCGAUAUCAACGGGAGUAAUACAUCUCUUUCGUCCUCCGACGGAAGCAGCUCAGACACGACAGAGCCUCCUUCAUCAAUGAAACCCCUUCGUUCGAUUGAAACUACGAAGGGCGCGGGAGAACCAGCUGAUAAUCAGGAGCCGCCGCAGAAACCCUUGCAUCCUACACACUCGGUAGAGGCUGCAGCUGACUGGGUGCCGCCACGACAUUCACCGGAGAUGGCAAGACUAAACGAGGACGUCUCGUGGGCAAGAGACUUCAUUUCCCAAUGGCGUGCGAGUCGAACGUAG